AUGUGGGCCGUCGAUAGUGGUGCAACACACCACAUAUGCCACGACAAGACCAAGUUUGCAAGACCGAACAAGCGCAACGACGGUGAAAUCUUGGUGGCGGAUGGCAACAAAGUGGCCAUCAAGGGUGUUGAAACCAUCUUUGAAAAGGUGGUUCUGCCCGACGGUGAAGAGCGCGAGAUCGAGAUCAACAACGUGCUUUACGUACCAAGCAUGAGCAAGAAUCUUCUAUCGGUACCGCAGAUCAACAAGCACGGCAAGUUUCAAGUCGUGUUCGACGGGACCAAGAUGUUUGUUGCUCGCAAAGGAUCGCAACAAGUGGUGGCAACAGCAGAUCUUGUGAAUGGCCUUUACUGGCUUCACACAGCUCAUCGAUCGGCCAAUGCGACAACAAACGGAUGCAACGGUGUCGACCUACAUGCGCGGAUGGGACACGCUCCAGCUGAUGUGCUUCGCAAAAUGGUGGCCACGAACAUGGUGCACAUCAAAAAUGUGAAGGUACCUCUCACGUCAAGUGGAUCAAGCGCAUGCCGAGGAUGUCAACAAGGGAAAAUGUUCUAA